CUAAAUGAAAAUUCAAGCCAUGCGAAACAAAAACGAACGCAUCGGAACAACGUGUACUUACAUCUUCGUAUUCAACUUCGGCAUAUUACUGAAAUCAGCGACGAAAUCCCACACAGCUUUGGGUUCUUGGUUGGGUAUGAACAGUUCAUACGUUCUUAGUUGCUUUCCUCUCUUCAACGUUAGAAAAAUGAGGACGACACACCCCAAAAUAAGAGGAAACUUGCGACGUAUUCGUAAUCCUACCAUGGUUUAAGUGUUAAAAGUGAGUGAUUCGGACGCGUUGAGGGAAGGGAUGCCAGUUGUAGCCAUAUUAGUUUUAUUUAUUCAUUUGAAAAAGUGGACGCGGACUUUAGAUAAGGCUGCAGGUAUACAUUCCAAUUAGCCUUCGUUUGAAUUCGUAAUUUAAACGCCCAUCAAAGUAACAAUGAUCUAAUUCCAGCUCCAAUAUCGCUCCAUCGCAAAAAAAUACACGAGCCUAAAAAGAUCGAAAUAAAAAAUUCACUUGCUUAAUCAUAUCCUCCUACACACUGCAGCACCUUCCGAAAAUAGAUAAAAGGUAUGAGUUCCAUCAUCAGAAUGACUAAUCCCAAAUCCCUUUCCUCAACGAGAGAAGAGUAUUCCACAUAAACAGAGUGCGCCCGUAUCCCCGUGUCCUCCCACAGCCGCCCCCGUUUUCUGUGGAAGAUCGAGGAGGAGGUUUCUUGUCGUAUUUUCAAGCUCCGAUGAGCGAACGAUGUAUGCGUAAGGAGGCGUGCCUUAGAUAACACGACAGAGGAGCCAGAGGAGGGGGUCGAGGUGGCUCUCAUCAGAAUGGCUCCUUAAUGGAAUAAAGGGAAGCCCUACGACAUGAGCAGCCUCGACUCCAGGGGGGGAAACCUGCUGCUGGCACUGAGUUGGCCCUGUUAGUCUGGCACUGGCACUCGUAGCUCUCUGGCGGUGGCACUCUCGGCGCUUGUGACUUGGCCCUGGUAGUUUGUCACUGGCACUCAGCUCUCUGGCACUGGCACUGUAGGCUCUCGUGAGGUUACCAUGGCAGGCAAAUCGAGUACUCGGGUCCUCUUGGUGACGGCUAACAUCGCCUCGUGCUUUGAACAGCCUGACACCAUGCUGAAGCCAUGGAUCACAGAAUUUUUAAAGACUGUAGAGGACCAUGAGCCACAGUUCAUAGCACUCCACUGCCAGGAAGUUGGAGGAAAGAAUUACGAAGAAAGUAUGCAGCAUGUUGAACAUUUUGUCAGGUCACUGCUGAAUAGAGGGACUAUGUUACCUUAUGACAAGAUUAGAGUUUUCCUAGAUGAGGAGUACGAGUCUGCCGAAAAGUUCACUGCCCUGGGUAAUCUUUACUUCAUCCAUCAAAACGUUCAAGAUGUACAGAUUUGGGAUUUUGAAGGUAUGCCAAAGUCCCUUUAUUAUGUAGAUAGAGAACCAGGGAAGCGUAAGGUUUUUUUUUUUCAUAUUUUUUGUUUAUUUGCUCCUAAAGGGCAAAUUAUCAAGACAUUUCUGUUGUCACUGAAUCAGUUUUACAUUUUCUUGUAUUGUAUUGUAUAUGUAUUUUUACCCUUUAAUCCCCCUCAGCAGGUGUAGCUCAAAGACAUUUGUAUUUGUACUAAAAUGAACCUUGGGAGUCUUGAGUUUAACCCAAAAAAGACUGCUGAUUAAAGUAAUACUAAUGGUAUUUAGAACAAUGGGAAAUCUAGGCCAAGAUUUUUUUUCUUUUUAAUCUGAAUUCUGUCUCAUUGAAAGGAUAUUAAACUGGGCUCAUGUAAGUGCAGGAAGUCACCAUUCACUUCAUAAAAAGUAAUUCCCAAAUGCAGGAUAGCAGGGGAAUAUAACCUGCAUCAGUUAUAUUAUAUGACAAGGUAAGAUGUCUAUUUCAACAGGCACUUAAACACUUUUUUCCUUGCUAUUAGUCUAUUGUUUACUAUUAUUGUCCUUGGCCUACUCUCACAAAUAAGAGAAAUGAUAUUGUGGCUUCCUGUGUAAUGUAAGUUCGUAAGUUAUGAUGAAUGAUUGUCUCCUUGUUGAGGUUGUUAUUGUUUUUAUGGCACAUGGUCAGGAGAUAUACCAAAUUGCUUGGUAUGAGUAAUAAUGAAGAGGAUGUUAAGAACACUAGGUAAAAUCAGGACACCUGUUCAUAAUGUCAUAAGUGGAGAUUCCCCGGGGAUUCCCCUACUCGAUGCACUAAGGUUUUACAAUCCACAGAUGAAAUGUAGGUAAAGAUUGUCAUUUUGCUUUUUCCUGCAUUUGUACUUACUGAAGUUUAUUCUUCAAUUUCUUAUUGACUCCCAUUUUUUAUUUUUUUUAUUGCUAAAAUCAUUAUCUGAAUGAUGUACCUUUUAAGGGUAAGGAGAACAGAAGAGCUGUUAAUGAUU